GUCGUUAGCGACAGCCGGACCUGCCAAGACGUGGACGAGUGUCAGAGCGGAAUCUACAACUGCACUCAGUAUUCCUCGUGUCGUAACUUAGAUGGAAAUUAUACCUGCAUCUGCAACAGUGGAUAUGUCCAAUCUGGAGAGACGUGCGUAGAUGUUGAUGAGUGUCAAAAAGCAGGUAGUGCUCUCUGUGGUUAUGGAGCCUACUGUGCUAACACAAUGGGUUCAUACGCAUGCAGGUGUCUUGCGGGAUACGCAGGCAAUGGCACUGUCUGCCUGGAUGUGGAUGAGUGUCUGCUCCCCAGCAACAACUGCAGUGCCAAUUCAACCUGCGAGAACACGCCAGGCUUCUACCAAUGCAAGUGUGAUGCUGGUUUCCAAAAAACUGGAGAGAUGUGCACAGAUGUCGAUGAGUGUCUGAAAUUUGGCAGUGCGGCCUGUGGGCCAGGAGCCUACUGUGUCAACACGGUGGGUUCAUACAGUUGCCCGUGUCUUGCGGGAUACAUAAGCAAUGGCACUCACUGCCUGGAUGUGGACGAGUGUCUGCUCCCCAACAACAACUGCAGUGCCAAUUCAACCUGCGAGAACACGGCAGGCUCCUUCCAAUGCAAUUGUGAUGCUGGUUUCCAAAGCAAUGGCACUCACUGCCUGGAUGUGGAUGAGUGUCUGCUCCCCAACAACAACUGCAGUGCCAAUUCAACCUGCGAGAACACGGCAGGCUCCUACCAAUGCAAGUGUGAUGCUGGUUUCCAAAGUAAUGCUACUGUGUGCGAGGACAUCGACGAGUGUGGGAGAGUCCCAGCUGUGUGUGGCUUGGGAACGGUUUGUGAGAACACAGUGGGGUCAUACCGCUGUCCCUGCGCUCCAGGAUAUCAACGCAACACAAGUGAUGGAAAUGCAACAUGCUCACUGGCAACGACAUAUUCAACCACGCCAUGGACUGCUAAUUCAACACAGUCACCACAGACAGCAAGUCCACCAAGAUCAACCACCUCAAACACAACGAGUAAUUCUACAGUAUUCUUCACAUCAGAAGGUGUAUCGGCCGCUACUGCACCAAUAAAUGCAUCAUUCACUGCAAUUACUCAACCUCCACCAUUCUCAACAUCAGCCACCCCGGUAACAAAUAAAACUGAUUCUAUUAAUGCAAACGCUACCGCUGUGGAGACAUCACCAAUAACAGCGCCCUCAGACACAACAGCAGCGAAUACAUCAGCUGUGACUCAACCUCCAUCAUUCUCAACAUCAGCCGCCCCAGUAACAAAUACAACUGAUUAUACUAAUGCAACCGCUACCGCUGUGGAGACAUCACCAAUAACAGCGCCCUCAGACACAACAGCAGCGAAUACAUCAGCUGUGACUCAAGCUCCAUCAUUCUCAACAUCAGCCGCCCUGGUAACAAAUACAACUGAUUCUAUUAAUGCAACCGCUACCGCUGUGGAGACAUCACCAAUAACAGCGCCCUCAGACACAACAGCAGCAAAUACAUCAGCUGUGACUCAACCUCCAUUCUCAACAUCAGCCGCCCCGGUAACAAAUACAACUGAUUCUAUUAAUGCAACCGCUACCGCUGUGGAGACAUCACCAAUAACAGCACCCUCAGACACAACAGCAGCAAAUACAUCAGCUGUGACUCAACCUCCAUCAAUCUCAACAUCAGCCGGCCCGGUAACAAAUACAACUGAUUCUAUUAAUGCAACCACUACCGCUGUGGAGACAUCACCAAUAACAGCACCCUCAGACACAACAGCAGCGAAUACAUCAGCUGUGACUCAACCUCCAUCAUUCUCAACAUCAGCCGCCCCGGUAACAAAUACAACUGAUUCUAUUAAUGCAACCGCUACCGCUGUGGAGACAUCACCAAUAACAGCACCCUCAGACACAACAGCAGCGAAUACAUCAGCUGUGACUCAACCUCCAUCAAUCUCAACAUCAGCCACCCUGGUAACACAUAUAACAGAUUCUAUGAAUGCAACCACUACCAUUGUAAACACAUCACCAAUAACAGUGCCCUCAAACACAGCAGCGAAUACAUCAGCUGUGGAGUCGACAACAGCAUCAACAACGAGAGUUGGGACCGAAAGCACAUUAGUGAUUAUGAAUGCAACAGGUCCCGUAGCUCUAACAGCGGCAUCAAACGCAACUUCAAAGACCACUGUGACAUCAGUGACCACCGCAGCAAUGUCUACAAUAAGAUCUAAUGGCACAAACGUGACUCUACCAAUAUUAUUUGGGAUAUCAAGCACAACAACCACAGCCACAAUGACACCAGCGGCUCCCAAUUCCUCAACGGUAGCGUCGACAAGUGCGAGUCUGCGGUUGUCGCCUGCUACAUCGAAUACGACAGCAGCUAACACAUCUGUGGGCUCGGCAACAACAUCAACAACUAUAUUGCCAACCAAUAGCACAACAGUGACUGCACUUACAAACCAGUCAACAAGCACAGCUGUGACUCAACUGAUAGUGAACUCACCCACCUCAUACACAACAAUAAUAUCAACAGUGUCAUCGUCUACGGCCUCAACCACAAAUGCAACAGUCACUCCGGUUUCAACAAUUAGUAGCAUUUCAACGGUGACAUCUCCAACGACUUCAUCGACUUCCACCACUGUGUUUAACUCGGGUACAACACCAACUUCAAAUGGGACAACAACACAAUCCACAACAAAUGUUAUUACAUCGUCGAUAUCACUGACACCAUCAUCUGCAACAACUGUCUCCACGACCUCCGUGCCAACUACGACUGCAAUCGUGGUGCCGGGGCUUGUGAAAAAUUUGACUUUGACCAGCCAAGGGGUGAAAAACACCUCCCUUGAGGUUGUGUGGCUGGCUGCCGAGGGUUAUGUGGAGCAGUACAUUGCAUUCAUCUCUCCUCAAGAGGCAUCGGCUGUGUCGGUCAGCCCGAACGGGUCACUCACAGCCAGGUUUUCUGGUCUACGUCCUGGUGUUGAAUACACAAUCACGGUCAACACCUUCGGAAGAGGCAAUGUCUCCAAUACCGGAGUGUCAGUGAAGCAAGUAACAGCACUUACCACCUGCAACCUUGCCUGCACCAACGGCCAAUGCUUCAUUGAUGCGAAGACAUCAAUGUCUACCUGCUACUGUAACAGUGGGUUCAGCCUCACCAGCCCGCAGAUAUGUAGUGAUGUGGAUGAAUGUCAGUCGAGGCCUUGCAAACAUGGAGGCAGCUGUGCCAACACUCAAGGCUCCUACUCGUGUACCUGUGUGUCAGGCUGGAGUGGGCUGAACUGCACAGAGAAUAUCGAUGAUUGUGUAUCCUCUCCAUGCAUUCACGGAAGAUGCAUAGAUCAAACUAAUAAUUACAUCUGCCAAUGUGAUUCUGGAUGGACCGGAAAAUUAUGCAAUGAAAAUAUUGAUGACUGCAUUAACGUCGUUUGCCUGAAUGGAGGAUCCUGCAGUGACUUGGUAAAUGCAUUCACGUGCAUUAACUGUAAAUUGGGAUACACAGGAAAAUUCUGCCAUCAAAAUAUUGACGAGUGUGCUGGAAGUGUAUGCCAAAAUAGUGGAACCUGUUUGGACGGUGAUAAUAGCUACACUUGUAUUUGCCGGAGUGGAUGGAGAGGUGUGAACUGCUCAGAAGAUGUUGACGAGUGCGUAGCGCGUUUCUGCCAUGCCACGCGUGCCACCUGCACCAACACAGCGGGCUCCUACAGCUGCAAAUGCAAUGCCGGUUACGAGGGAGAUGGUGUUCAAUGCAUUGAGAAAAGACUUUUAGAAUAUGGACCAAAUGUGGGUGACGCAACUAUGAAGCCCAUUUCCACGGAUUCAGUGUCUCAGUUCUUCUCACCUCCGUAUGGUUUUCCUUUUGCCUCCAAGUUCUACCAGCGAUUGUAUUUUACAGACAAUGGCCUGAUUAUUUUCAAAGAUGUCGAAGAUUCAACGAGGUUUGCCUAUCCCAACCCCUUCAUCAACGGUUUUACAGAUGCCUCUUCAAUCCCUAUGAUUGCCGUGUUCUGGGAUGAUGCUGACUUCUCCUCAGACACUGGGGCGAUGUACUUUCAGGAGUAUGAUUUUACUCAAGGCCUCAGCAAUAAAACUGAUGCCUUGAACCUUCGUGGGAAGGUGAUGGAGCAGAUCCGAGCCAACUUUAGCAGCCAGUCAGACACACGUGGCUAUGAGCCCACAUGGAUGUUGAAGAUCACCUGGGUGGAUGCCCCGGCUGUGCCUGCCAGGAGCAACUUAAAAUACACGAACACCUUCCAGGCCGUUCUGAGCACGGAUGGUGACUCCUCGUUCUGCCUCAUAUUUUUCAAAGAUGGAGGCAUGCAAUGGAGGCCAGAAGCCAGAGACCCCAGUUCUAACAAUGCCCUCAUGGGAUUCAAUAGUGGAACAAACCGGUUCUAUUACAAUGACGCACUGUCAAGAUCCACAAAUGCAGCUCGCUAUCGCCCAGAUACGGUCAUUGGAAACAAUACUGGUCUAACAGGAAGAUGGGCUUACAGGCUGGAUACAAACUUUGCUGUGACCACUAAUCCAAAACGCAAGUGUAUGGACUGGUAUAGGAAUGAGUUAGUCCUGCCUUCCAUCAGCAGAUUCACUACCUGUCCCUGCUCUUUGUGGCAAGGACAGUUUGACAUGUCCUACAUCACUGGGGACCUCAUAUCCAGAUAUGGCUACCAGCCUCUAAAUGUCACAGGUUCAUUUUGGAGCUUGCAGAACUUCAAUAAAGAUAGAUUUGGUGGAGGGGUGAGAUGCCACUACAACACAUUUGGGGCUCUUGUGUCUGGGUCGUAUGAGAGGUAUCUUCCUACCCCUUGGAUCACCAACACUCUGCAGCAAGACAUUCAACUUUACUCGACAAAUGAAACACAACCAUAUAAAUCAUGUUGCCAGUCUGGAGAUGCCAGGUUUUGCAGUCUGUACCAACAGAAACGCCCUCCCAACCAAUGUGCUUUCUACAGGCCACCGUUUGCUGCGUUUCUCAUUGGCGACCCUCACAUCACGACCCUGGACAAUGUCUCGUACACCUUCAAUGGCCUGGGAGAGUACACUGUGUUGGAAGCGGUUGGAGAUGGGGUGAAUUUCACCAUGCAGGGCCGCACAGGAAUUGCGAGGACCAAUGCCUCCGCCAAUAUUUCUUCAAAAGCAACUUCCUUCAUAGCCAUUGUUGCACAGGAGACCGGCGGCAUUAAGGUUGAAUGGAUUCUCAAAAACAGCAGCAUAUUAGUACUGGUAGAUGGCAAACAGAUCAAUUCAACAGAUGACAUCUACAGGCAGAACGUGUCGAUCAAAUGGACAAUAACCGGACAGGUGGUAGCCACCUUCGCAUCGGGCAUCUCAGUGAAUGUGUCCAGCCUUCCUGGGGCCCUCAACUUCAUCACCUCAUUGCAAGAGAGUUUUAACAACCGCACGAAAGGCCUGCUGGGUGUUUUCAACAAGGAUCCCACCGAUGACUUCCAAGCUUCAAAUGGAACAGUUCUUCGCUUCAACGGAAGCAGUGUGCCUCCUGAAUCACAAAUAUAUUAUAGCUUUGGAGUUACAUGGCAAACAAAGCCAAGCACAAGCCUGUUUACUUAUAACGCCACCAGUGGGGAGACUUGGUCCACAUUCAACAACAACAGCUUUGUGCCUACAUUCUAUGAAGAACUCAUAAGUCAGACAUCUGCAGAACGACUUGCCUCCAUUAAGGCUUCAUGUGGAGGACAGUUUGACUGCAUAUUUGACGUGCUGAGUACCGGGGACACCAACUUUGGGCUGGCCACAUUGAAGAGCACUAUGGAAUUUGGCUUUCAGCAGAAAGCUCUACAAAACUUCCCUCCCAACAUUACCAGCGACGGGCAAAUUUCUGCCAUGCUGAAUCGAGUAGUUACAGUCAAAAUCAGCGCAGUGGACCCGAACAACGACACCAUUGUAUUUACCAUUUCAAGAAAUUCCUCAGACCUCAACAUCACAGCCGAUGGGACUUUGACGUGGAGCCCCAGAAGCUCAGAGCCAGCAUUUGGCGUGGUGAGCGCCAGCGACGGCAAGGCCUCUUCUUCGCUGCUGCUCAACCUCACUCUGUGCAACUGCAGCGCCCACUCCACGUGCCUUUACAACCAGACCACCCUGAGCAUCACCGGCAGUGACGGAUCCACUUUCCAGCUUGCCGGCUGUCUGUGUGAUCCUGGCUACGCGGGAGCAUACUGCACGGACGACUACAAUGCCUGUGUGGACAGCCCUUGUCAUCCUGGAGUGACCUGCACAGAUCAACCUGCACCCUCCCUAGGCUUUUCGUGUGGGCCCUGUCCCGUUGGGCUCACAGGCAACGGGAGCAAGUGUUACGAUGUGGACGAAUGCCUGGAAGUACCCGCCAAAUGCAAUCAGACAUGCUUGAACAACUAUCAUGGAUUUACAUGCUCUUGCGACAUUGGAUACAUCAACACCACCAUCAACAGCUCUAAGUGCCAAGAUAUCAAUGAAUGUGCCCUCAAUUCGUCGCUUUGUGUUGAAAAUGGUGUCUGUUUCAACACGCUCGGGAGCUACGAGUGCAAUUGCAAGGAAGGGUAUCAAGGGGUUGGCUCUAUCUUGUGUCAAGAUAUUAAUGAGUGUAGUGCCGCGAUCGAUCCCUGCCUAUCCACAAACAACUCCUAUUGCCAGAAUACUCCAGGGUCCUACAAGUGCAACUGUUUUCCUGGCUACAAUGGGACAAACUGCGCAGAUAUAAAUGAAUGUGCAACUCAAAACACAUGCCAUACCAAUGCCACCUGUUCUAACAACGAGGGUUCCUACAACUGCAUUUGUAAACAAGGCUUUACAGGAGAUGGCAGAAUGUGCAGUGACAUCGAUGAAUGUUUGACAAAUUGCACAGACCAAUCUGCACAGUGCGUCAACACGAUUGGAUCUUACCUCUGCUCUUGUGCUAAAGGAUACACCUACAUUGGGGAUAACAACCCAGAGAAUGUAACUGCCUGCGUGGACAUCAACGAGUGCAAUAUAACCUCACCGACUGUUUGUGGAGAAGGAUCAAAUUGCUCAAACAGUGAUGGUUCAUAUCAAUGCUUGUGUAACCCGGGUUACUAUUACAACAACACCCUCAGCAGUUGCUUGGAUUUGGAUGAGUGUGCUACCAAUCAGUACAACUGCAGUGCCAAUUCCAUUUGCAAAAACACCGUGGGGUCUGUGGAGUGCCAGUGCGUUGCUGGCUAUGAGAGGAAUGUAACUGCCUGCGUGGACAUCAACGAGUGCAAUCAAACCUCACCGACUAUUUGUGGAGAAGGAUCAAAUUGCUCCAACAGUGAUGGUUCAUAUCAAUGCUUGUGUAACCCGGGUUACUAUUACAACAACACCCUCUGCAGUUGCUUGGAUUUGGAUGAGUGCGCUACCAAUCAGUACAACUGCAGUGCCAAUUCCAUUUGCAAAAACACCGUGGGGUCUGUGGAGUGCCAGUGCGUCGCUGGCUAUGAGAAGAAUGUAACUGCCUGCGUGGAUAUCAACGAGUGCAGUCAAACCUCACCGACUGUUUGUGGAAAAGGAUCAAAUUGCUCAAACAGUGAUGGUUCAUAUCAAUGCUUGUGUAACCCGGGUUACUAUUACAACAACACCCUCAGCAGUUGCUUGGAUUUGGAUGAGUGCGCUACCAAUCAGUACAACUGCAGUGCCAAUUCCAUUUGCAAAAACACCGUGGGGUCUGUGGAGUGCCAGUGCGUCGCUGGCUAUGAGAAAAACGGAAUCAAUUGUGUGGACAUCGAUGAGUGUAAAAGUAUGACUUGUCCUCAAAACGAAAAAUGCGACAACAUCCCGGGCACAUACAAGUGCAACUGCAGCGAUGGUUAUAAGCGCGAUGGACAGGACUGUGUGCCUUUGAAUUGCAAUCAGACUGCCUGUAUCGCGGGAUAUUGUAAGAAUGGGGGAACAUGCUAUAAUACACCUUUCUGCAACGCCAGUUGCACGUGCCAAGCAUCGUACGAGGGUAUCGAUUGCCAGUAUGGAAAAACAACUGUCAACGCAAGCUUUAAAGCAGGUACUCCAAAGUUGAAAGUCUUCAUGGGACUUAACUACAGCAUUUCAUCAACACCCACAGAUCAAAUUGCUAAUUUGGUCUCAAAUCACAUUGAAAGUAAACUGAAAAUGCUGCUAUACUCCAGAUACUAUUAUAACAACAACAUUACAAAUAGCCGCAUGGAUAAUAACGUUUUUUUUGUGGAGACCUAUGCUCAGUUUAACUACACAACGGAGAGUGCUGUGUAUAACUAUUAUAAAUACGAUCUGAAGAAGGAUAUUGAGACAAAAUUCACCACCAACACGCGAGCAGUGGAUUUCAUGGCUCUCGUCAAUUUUACAAUGGAACAACUUUCACUGGAUGAAUUAAAAGAAUACAUAACCUGUUCCACAACUAUGCCCAAGUACGUACCGAAAUGGAUAGAUGGCACAGGCUUUGUGUGCCAGUCCCCUUGCAUCACCGAAAUCUACUGCAACAACGGAGGGGAAUGUCAGCAUACAUCAAACGGGCCAGUGUGCAAAUGCGGCACGAAUGGAAUUUACCAUUCCUAUGGAGAUCAAUGUCAGCACCUCACUGUGACAUCUCCAGCCUUCUUUGGCAUUUUGUUUGGUAGCCUUGGUGGAAUGUUAUUACUGGGAAUAGGCAUCUACGCAUUCUGGAGAUACAAGUCUGGAAGAACCUAUUCGCGGUUUGGUAACAAGGGCAGUUACCCUGGCAGUCAUCAAGGAGGUGUGUCAGCCUAUGACAAUUACUCACGGGAAGGAGCGAUUAAAGGAACACAUGCAGCAGAAACAGAGGUUUAUGGUGUAAAAUCCGAUUUGGCUUUUACUUCAUGGCGUCCCGUAAUUCGUGACAUCAACACCACCGAGGUAUCGAUUCAACGACCGUCGGUUUUAAAAGGGCGUUUUGAUUCGGAACAAGCCUACCAUGACCUGGAAUAAGUGAACGAGUGAAGGAGAUGGAAACAAAAUGCCACUGACGUUAAUGAAGCAUCCGAGUUAAUCUACACAACUUCUGCCUAAUUGCUGCGGUUGCGUUGAAAUUAUAAUGCUAUAAUUAUACAAAUAUUUUUAUUCCUAAAUUUAAAUGUUAUAUAAGUGAUGGUAUUGUUUUUGUAAUUAAUUCAAUCUUAAAUAACAAUUAUCUUAAUUAAGUAUUAUAAUUUAUGGGUUGACUAUGAUUUGACGGUUUUGUGAAGUGCAAUUUGAGAUUUUAAAAUACAAGCAUAACUUCAUGCAUUACAUUACUUAUGUGCCUUUAUGAUGUAUGUUUACAUCCCUGUUUCCAAGCUUUGUUUAUAAUUCUGUUGGUUUAUUUUUCCACCUUAUUCGCAUGAAAACGUCUGAAUUUAAUUGAAAAGCUCAUUUUUUAAAAUGUGUUGUGAUAGCACUUUGAAAUCUCAUGCACUAUAUUUCAGAUGUUUUUUUUCAGUUUGCAAACUUCAAACCAAAUUCAUGACAAUGUAUGGAUUAUUUUGCAACAGCAGAAUUAGAAAACUUUGCUUAGAAUGUCAGUGUGAUCUUGAAAAAUAGUAUCCUAUGUUAAAUGAAUCUAGCCCUUGAAAAAAAUGCAUAUCUUUACAAGUAUUUAUAUGUGGGAAUACCUUAAUGUUUAAAGAGGUUGCUAUCUGAAUGUAUUAACUCAUAUUUUAUCGCAUUUAAUGAAUGUACGUUGUAUCCAUAUUUAUGAAAUAUUGACUACAAAGAACAUGCCAGCGCUUGCAGACGCUAUUGAUUGCAACUCAUGGAAGUAUUGCUGGUUCAUAAUAUUGCUUAUUACAGUUAAAAUAACACAACAUAACCUGCCACUGUUGAGCACAACCUCAGGAAAACUAAUAGAAUGUACACAAGAGGAUUAAAUGAUCAACAUUAUUUUACUUUGUAGAUUUCAUGAUUCUUAGUCAGGGGUAUUUUAACGUUUGCAAAACAGACUACGAUAAGUAAUUGCAGUAAAUAGAUGCAAAUGUACACCAGACAAAUCUGUGAAACAAACGAGAAUGCUACGCAGGGAGCCGCUGACAAAAUGGAAGACGACAUUACUGUGUUGCAUUUAUUUGGAGGAGCAGUGGUGCAUUGGUUAGCAUACCGGCUAUGAACCCAGCAACCUGAAUUUGAAUCUCAACCAUUGCUAACAUCGGUGGCAAGCGAUAUCUGGGCUGGUCAUGGAUCCUCCCCCCAGCCUUCACCAACCCAGCAUGGUGAAGAAUAACCAGCAUAGUGAAGUGUAUAUCUAAUAACUCCCAUGACUCACUGCAUGAGGCCUUAAUGGUGGGAAAAAUUUAUAAGGCCCAAUCAUAUUGACAUACAUGUGAGAAGCCACUACCCUCGAUAGGUAAUAGCAUCUGUUGAAUCAAAUUUAAAUUACCUAGCAGAGAAAAUGUGGAUUGUAGCAGGUUUGCCUUCCACAUUUUUAUCACUGCAAUACCGCUGUGCAGUCUCUUAUGAUCAAGGGUAAUGCUGUUUUAAUCUCAAUAAUAUUUAAGAAUAAAAUGUGAUUCAAAUGAAUUGUAUGUUUUUUGUUAAACCUGCUUCAAAUUAAAUGUUGACGAUCUA